CAACUUACGAUGCGACAUGGAAGUUUCCUAUACAAUUUAUGGCAAAAACCUCCUCUGGCUGUUAUUAUGCAAGUUUUUCUAUUCAACAUUACAAAUGCUGAAGAGUUUUUAAGUGGAGUUGACAAAAAACUUAAUGUCGUUGAGGUUGGGCCUUAUGUUUAUCAAGAAGUUCUCGAAAAUAAAAAUGCUGUUUUUCAUAAGAAUGGAACUUUAUCUUUUACACCCGAACGUUACGUAAUUCCAAUUCCCGAGCGUUCUAUUGGUGACCCAAACAAAGACAUUGUAAUCGCUGCAAACCUACCGUUGUUAGGCUUGUCAGCAGCUGCCAAGAAAGUUUCCUCUUUCGCAGCGCUUGCAGUCAGCACAUUGUCAAAGUCUACAAACUCCCAACCGCUGCUCAAUCUUACGGUACAUGACUUUCUGUGGGGUUACCAAGAUAAUCUUGUAAGCUUAGCAAACACAGUUUUGCCAAAUUACAUCAAUUUCGAUCGUUUUGGGUUGAUGGAUAGAAUGUUUGACGAGGGACACAAUGUUGUGUCGAUGAACCUACCUGAAGCUGUUAAAAAUGUGAAUGAAAUAAUGGAAGAAGAGAUUGAAGACACUCCAGUGAGCUUAGCGCAAGUUUCUACAAACACUCAUGAUGUGGAAUAUGAAGAUUAUGAUGAAACAGAUAUGUUCAAUGGAAUUCAAUCACUUUCCCAAAUUGACCAAAAUAAAAUUGUAGAAAAUGGAACUCCAAAACUCCGUGAUUAUUCGAUUGAUUUAUGGAAUGGAUCGCCGGGUAUGAAACAUUGGGGAUAUGAUGAGAAGAAUCUUGAAAGCAACACACAAUGCAAUACGCUUCGCGGAGUCUACGAUGGAACUUUAUUUCCUAAGAACAUUUCAAAAACUGAUGGAUUUCGGGUUUAUCGAAAAGCUUUUUGUCGUACACUUCCAAUUCAAUAUUCACACUCAGGUCGACAGUAUGGAAUUGAAGGUUAUUGGUUCAAGCUUUCUGACAAUGCCUUUCAUGAUUCAAUUGAUGAUCCGGAAACGAGUUGUUAUUGUAGCAAAGAGAAAACAUGCAUGAAACGAGGACUUGGUAACAUCACACCGUGUUAUUACAAUAUUCCUACAUCUCUAUCGCUUCCACAUUUCUACAACUCAGAUCCGACGCUUGUAGAUGAAGUCAAUGGAAUAAAACCGGUCAAGGAAAAACAUGAAUCGAUUAUUGUGAUGCAGCCAAGAUUGGGUGUUCCAAUAAAAGUUCAUACGAGAAUUCAACUGAAUCUCAUGUGUGGCGAGACAAUGUUUAAUGGAAAUAUUAAGCGAUUUGAUAAUUUAAUUUUGCCAGUUGUGUGGAUGGAAAUUGCGAUUGAGAAGCUCACACCAUCGCUUGACGUUAUUCUUAAAAUGUGCUUUAUAUAUCUGCCAGUUGUUCAAAAUAUUAUCAUUGGGCUUCUUGUAUUGGGCGGCUUCUUCAGUAUCGUUUUGAUGUUUUUACACAUUAUCUUCUCUGUUUCGGAGAAACAUCAAACAAACUUGAGAUUCAAUUCGAUAAAGUACACAGCAGUUUUUCCAUUCAUCAAACAAGAGAUAGCUAAAUUCGAUGAGAGGGAUCGUGAAAUGGUGCAGAAGGUUGAGAGUGUUUAGUUUAACUUUAAUUCCAGCUUAGCAAGGAAACUUUGACGACUUUUACAUUUGUAUCUAAGAAUUACUAAAAUGUGAUAGAACAUAAUAGAAACAUAAGAAAAUCACAACGCAAAUCAUGAACUGAUAGAAUUAAUAAAACUUUCUCUUGCCAAGUUUCAUUUAAAAUUAAAUUCAAUCAAAACGUGUCCAAUAACUUAGCAACUUCAAUAUCAUAAAUUUAAGAACCAAACACAAUUUAACAUGAAAAUUUUUUGUAAUUUUUAUUCAAAUAGGUG